AUGUCCAAAGAAGAGGAGCGGAAGUUCCUCCUCGAAUGCAUUGAGGUGUAUCGCAGUCUACCAGCGUUGUGGAAGGUGAAAAGUAAAGAGUACAGCGACAGAAACAAAAAGGAUGCCGCGUAUGACACUUUGCUUGCGAAAUACAAACAGAAGUACCAUACAGCGUCGAGGGAGGACUUGACCAAAAAGUUCAAUUCUCUGCGAACAAAUUACCGCAAAGAACUCAACAAGGUGCAGCAGUCAAUGAAGUCCGGCACCAGUACGGAUGACAUCUACGAAUCCACCCAGUGGUAUUUUGAUGCCAUGAACUUUUUGCAGGACCAGGAGACACCGGCAAAAUCUAUUGAUGUUGUAACGAAAGUCCCGAACACUUCAACCAGUAAGCCAAACAAGAAAAGGAAGAUUACCAAAACAGACAACGAAGAUCAACGGCAGGAACUACUUUCUUUAGCGUGUAAACGCCUAAGUGAACCAAAUGAUGAAAAUCUGCCAAUUGCAAAGGCAUGGGCAUCUGAACUCUCCAAAAUGUCCCACAAUCAACAGUUGCUGGCAAAGAAGGCUAUAAAUGACAUUAUCUUUGAAGGACAAAUGGGAACACUUAACCGAUAUUCUGUACAAAUAAAUGCCUUCGUUGGUAGACCUACUCCGUAUUAUUCUGUGCCAGUAAAUAACCCCGUCAGUAGACCUAGUACUCCAUACAGUUCCGCCAGUAGUAGACCCAGUACUCCAUACAGUUCCGCUAGUAGUAGACCCAGUACUCCAUACAGUAUCGGAGGCGGUAAUUCCGUUACUCCGCCAGGUAUGGGUAAUUCAGGAAGUUACCGUUGCCAGGCCAUUUAUGAGCAAGAUCAAGCAGAUCUUUCUCAGUCGGCUCUUGGCCAUUAUUUUGCAAAUUUCCAGCCAUAGCAACUUGUAUACCCAAACGCAUUGGCCUCAAUUGUAUUGUCUGUUCAAAAGGAAUAAAAGUUUAAAAUGAUAUGUGUAGUUUACAUUUUACUUUGUGUUUUGGCUGCAAAUCUUUACAUCACAAUAAGAUCAUACUUACGCGUAUAUAAUUCUUCAAGCAGGAUAUA